AUGGAGGUGGACUUCCUCUGUGCGGCCUUGCAGGGCCUCGUGCUCGGAGGUGGCCUGGCUAUGGCUUUGCUUUGCGAUUUGCGUGUCUUGGACCACCAAAGCUCCCUGUCGCUGGGGAAUCUCUCGCGUGGGAUGGUUCCCUGCAUGCUGCUGUCCUGCCAUCUUCUCCUGAGCCUGUCCAGCGCCAUGGACCUCUACCUCACCGACGACGCCUGCACUCCGGCACACUGGCAGGCCCAUGUAGGAGAUACUGUCAUGCCUUCGACGCAGCAAGCCCGGGCGGAGGCCUGGGCGCUCUUGGCCGCAGCCCAGCUAACCCGACUAGCGGGGCUGCGGAUGCCCAUCGGAGUCACAGCAUCGGCACGCUUCGUAGAAGAGGCCGUCGCCCUGCAGCUGAGCCUUCGCUGCGAGCCUGCCCUGACGUCCUUGCCUGUCCUGUGUUUGGAGAAGGAGAAGAAAGACAAGAAAGAGAAGAAAGAGACAGAGCGGGAGCGGGAAGCCGUUCCCGGAAGGGAGGCCAAAGGCAAAGGCUCAGUCACAUAUGCUGGUUUCCGGGCAGCUCUGGCGGCCUUGGCUCUCGUUUUUGUCAACUUUAUGGCCGCUUCUCCGCCUUUUCGGCUUGUGGCAAAAUGGACAGCUGUUUACAAGACGCUUUCGCUUUCGCUGCAGCUGCGCCGCUGCAGCCGGACCAUAGGAGUAGGCUGUGCAGACCGGCCUCGCUUUGAACCGAGAGAUUUCAUGUCCAUCAUGGCGAAGCUCUGA